GCAGCGCUGAGCGCCCCGCCGCCUGAGCCCCGGGAUCCGAGACAGUGCACACAGUGCACAGGGCAAGGAGGAGACCGGGAACUUGGGGAAAAAAAAAAUAAAAUAAGAGGCGAAAGGAAAAAAAGAGCGCGCAGCAGCGAGCCGUGCGAGUGUGGAUGGUUUCGGGGCUGAGCAGCAUCUCCUGCAGCUAAACUUUGGUGCGGCUCCGCCGGGAUGCGGGCGCUGGCCGCGUGAAGCGCAUCCCGGCGGCGGCAGCGCUGCCCGAGCCCGCACGGACACGGGGCUGAACCACAACCGAUCCUCGUUUGCUGCGAGCGGAGAGGGGGCUUUUCACAGCAUCGUCUGUUUGGAAGAAAGGAGGGAGGAAGGGGGGGCUAACGCUAAAGAACUAAGUCUUGUCUGCGAAGGAAAUCCCUUUUGCGCUUUCCAGAUGACCUUUUCUGCAAAGGUAGCCUCUCCAGCUGACCGGUUUUGAUUUAGACUGCCAAGUGUGUGAAACUGCUCUUAAGUGCCGCACGAACCGUAGGAUGUGUGCAUCCGGGAUUAGCAAUAUGGGGCAUCUGUUGUCGCCUCUGCUCUUGAGCCUGGCAGCAGUUUUUUCCAAAGUGGCCGAGAGCCGUGGGAUCCUGGAGAGCAUUCAGAGAUUUUCUUUGCUGCCCACCUACCUGCCCGUGACCUACCGCAUCCACAACGCAGACGUGUCCUUCUUCCUCAAGGAGGCCAACCAGGACAUUAUGAGGAACUCCAGCCUGCAGUCCCGGGUGGAAUCCUUCCUGAUCUACAAAUCCAAGAGCCCUCCCGUGCUGAACGCCACCUACGGCCCCUUUUCCAUCGAGCAGGCAGUGCCCCAGGACCUCAUGCUGCCUUCCAAUCCCUUCAGCACCACCAACAAAUUCACCUACAACUGGAAGCUGCAGGCCUACAUCCUGAGCAGCAAGAUCUACCUGAGCAAGCCCAGGGUGCAGGUGCUGUUCUACAUCGUGGGCAGGGACUGGGACGAGCACAGCCCCGCGGAGCGGCUGCCCUGCCUGCGCGUGUUCGCCUUCCGCGAGACGCGCGAGGUGCGCGGCAGCUGCCGCCUGCGGGGGGACCUGGGGCUCUGCGUGGCACAGCUGGAGCUGCUGCCCGCCUGGUUCAGCCCCCCCAGCGUGCUCACAGGCCGCAAAAAGCAGCUGGACAGGGCUGAGGGGAGCCCAGUGGAGCUCUACUACUCCAUCCAAGCGGGGGAUGAGAGAGGGGAGUGUGCCAAGGAGGAUGUCAGGAAAAGCGCCGGGGCGCGCUCGGGGCGCAACGACAUCGAUGAGUCGGGGCCGCCCCUGCAGAGGAUUGGAAGUGUUUUCCUUUACCAGACACACGCUGCCCCCUCUUUAACUGAAUUGAGGCUGGAUAAUAAUAUUGUCAUCCAGUAUGCACCAAAGACCGCCAAGCAAGGAGACAUUCUGACCUUCCUUGUCUCUGUUGCUAAAAACUCGACAGAGGAUCAGUUCACACUGAGGGCCAAGGUGAAGAGAGGGGUGAAGGUUUCCAGCGUGAGAGGCAGCAGCCCCUCCCUGUGGGACAUCAGACAGAGCGUGGAUUACACCGGGAGCUACGCCCCAGCUGUGGUGCUGUGCCAGAGGAACCCUGCUGCUGGCAACAGUGAGGAGGGUCCUUCCUCUGAGAUCAUGCAGAUUGAUUUUGAGAUUGAAGACCUGGCUGACCUAGCUGAGACCCAGCUCAUCACCUGGCAGGUGGAAUAUCCUGGAGCCACCACCUCUGAUCUGGGGAUCUCCAAGAUCUACGUGAGCCAGAAGGAGCUGGUGGGAGUCCUCCCUUUGGCCAUGGAAGCAGAGAUCCUGAACACAGCUAUCCUCACUGGGAAAACAGUGGCUGUCCCUGUCAAGGUGGUUUCUGUGGAAGAUGAUGGGACUGUGACAGAUCUGGUGGAGUCUGUGGAAUGCAGCUCAUCAGAUGAAGAUGUCAUCAAGGUUUCUGACAGAUGUGACUACGUCUUUGUCAACGGGAAGGAAAUGAAAGGCAAAGUGAAUGUCAUAGUUAAUUUUACUUACCAGCAUCUGAGCGCCCCUUUAGAAAUGACAGUCUGGAUCCCUCGUCUCCCGCUGCAGAUAGAGGUCUCUGACACAGAACUAAAUCAGAUCAAGGGCUGGAGAGUCCCCAUCAUCUCUAAUAAGAGGCCGGCCAGGGACAGCGAUGACGAGGACGAGGACGAGCGCAGGGGCAGGGGCUGCACCCUGCAGUACCAGCACGCCAUGGUCAGGGUGCUCACGCAGUUCGUGGCCGAGCCCCCCCAGCCUGGGGGUCCCCUGAGCCACCUGCUGGGCUCAGACUGGCAGCUGGACAUCACCCACCUGGUCUGGGACUUCAUGCAGGUGGAGGAGCCCAGGAUCGCCAGGCUGCAGGAGGGACAGGUCCUGGUGGGGCUGGAGCUCGGCAUGACCACCAUACAGAUUCUGUCCCCCCUCUCAGAUGCCAUCCUGGCUGAGAAGACAGUGACAGUCCUGGACGAGAAGGUGACAAUCACUGACCUGGGAGUGCAGCUGGUGACAGGGCUGUCCCUGUCCCUGCAGCUCAGCCCGGGCAGCAACAGGGCCAUCUUUGCCACGGCAGUGGCACAGGAGCUGCUGCAGUCCCCAAAGCAGGAAGCAGCCAUCAGCUGCUGGAUCCAGUUCAGUGACGGGUCUGUCAUGCCCCUGGAUAUUUAUGACUCCAAAGACUUCUCCCUGUCAGCCACCUCUCUGGAUGAGAAGGUGGUGUCCAUCCACCACGACCCCAAAUUCAAGUGGCCUGUGAUUGCUGCCGAGACCGAGGGCCAGGGCAGCCUGGUGAAGGUGGAGAUGGUGAUCAGCGAGUCCUGCCAGAAAUCCAAAAGGAAGAGCAUCCUGGCUGUGGGGAGUGGCAGCAUUAAAGUCAAGUUUGGGCAGGGUGAUGCCAACCCCAACGUCAGUGAGAGCAAGCACAGGGGUGCUGGUGGCCGCCUGGAGAGCCACAGAACCCCCUGGCAGGAGAGAGGGGACGGGCAGUACUACAGCUCCUCCAUGGGCCACGAGCAGGGCAGGGCCAGCACCACCCACAGGUCUGUCCUGAGCAGGAAGGAGGACAGGGAGAGCCUGCUGGACGAUGCCAGCCAGAACCUGCCCCUGGACUUCACCAGCUUCCCCGCACAGGUGGAUCUGCCCAGGGACGGCGGGGACGUGGAGGACAACGAGCUGGUGCAGUCCCCCCGCGGCCUCAGCGACCUGGAGAUCGGCAUGUACGCCCUGCUGGGCGUCUUCUGCCUGGCCAUCCUGGUGUUCCUCAUCAACUGCGUCACCUUUGCGCUCAAGUACCGCCACAAGCAGGUUCCCUUCGAGGAGCAGGAGGGCAUGAGCCACUCCCACGACUGGGUGGGGCUGAGCAACAGGACAGAGCUGCUGGAGAACCACAUCAACUUCUCGUCCCAGCAGGAUGAGCAGAUCACAGCCAUCGACAGGGCAGUGGACUAUGAGGAGAGCAAGUAUCUCCUCAGCACAAGUGCCACCAAAACCAUCAAUGGACAAUCCUUCAGGGCUCCCGAGUCCUCAUUCAGCGAAGGGAAAGAGCAGAAAAGCGAGCCCACCGCCUCUCCUACCUCUAAGAGGAAACGGGUUAAAUUCACCACCUUCACCACCAUCUCCUCUGAUGAUGGCUGUCCCACUGUCAACUCCAUCCUGAUGAGCCAUGAGGAUGACAUCAAAUGGGUCUGCCAGGACAUGGACCUGGGGGAGUGCAAAGAACUGAAAAACUACAUGGAGAGAUUACACGAAAAUGCGUAACGAGACACAAGAGACUUCUUUUGGUUUGGUUUGUUCGUUUGUUUGUUUUUCACUCACCUUCUGCCUUUAAUUUUGGGUAGUGGGGCAAAACCUUGUAUUCUAACAAGAAUCAGCUGGUGGAUUAUCACUCAAUGGAGCCCCAAGAAGCCACCCAAAAGCAGCUGGGAGAGCAGAGAUCCUGGACAGCUCUUAAAAUUCAAAUCUUCUCUGUGCUCAGAGAUGCAAGUGAGAGAUGUGUGUGGGUUUUUUGAUACACGGUAACAUGAAAAAAAAAGACUUAGAAAAAUAAUACGGUCUCACUCUCUGUGCUUUCCCAGGAAAUCAAUAAAUAUAACUCCAGUGCAGUUUGGAUAUUACAAAGCUCACACAGCUCUACUGUUCAAUAUUGCAAGCUUUGGUUAAAA